AUGACGCCCAUGGCGGCAGCCCUGGCCCUUCUCUUGGCCUUGAGCGGUAUGGUGGUGAUCUCUGCUGACAAGUACCCGUCCCCUUCUCCACCGCCUUACCAUUACAAAUCUUCACCACCUCAUCCACCUAAGGAGCACUACCCUCCUCCUCCGAAGAAGCACUAUUACUACAAGUCCCCCCCACCGCCCUCUCCUCCCAAGCACUACUACUACAAGUCCCCCCCACCGCCCUCUCCUCCCAAGCACUACUACUACAAGUCCCCCCCACCGCCUUCUCCUCCCAAAAAGCACUACUACUACAAGUCUCCCCCUCCACCUCCUCCGAAGAAGCACUACUACUAUAAGUCUCCCCCGCCACCCCCUCCCAAGGUGCACUACUACUACAAAUCACCGCCGCCACCACACAAGUACUGA